UUCUUAUAUCUCUAUGGUUUUUAGAGUGAUAUAGGGAAAACUGGAGUUAUAAUGAAUCAUUGGCAUGUUCAUUGAUUCUAACCCAGUGUCCAGAGCGUUGGAUUUAUUGUAACUACGUUUCUAAAAAAUGGAGACGUUGCAGAUCUACGUGGCGCUAAUAGCGAGCUCCUCGAACGCACCUAGUGCUACGUAGCGCUGAUGGCGAACUCCUUGAACGCACUUUUAAAGUAUAUGACAGGUGUCAAUAUAUAGACAUCAUUUACGUUUAUAAUAAAUGUAUCUUUCUUAAUCCAUGAUCGUAUCAUGAAGUGUGAGUGACAUGUGUGUGUGUUAAUUGCUGUAAACGCCUAAACAAAAUAGAUAGGUGCUCGAUAUAAACGCGUUUACUCCAAAGCUACAAAAAUGGAGCAGAUAAAGGUUCCUAAGGUAGAAAAUGUGAGAAUGUUGGAUAAAUACAGCAUCAAUCAUUCCAUUGGCACGCUUUAUUUAACAGUGACACAUCUUAUAUUUGUUGAGAGAAAUGGGAAGAAAAAAAUAUGGGUGUUACAUACGCAUAUAUCUAAUAUAGAAAAACAACCAUUGACUACAAUAGGAUCGCCACUAUACAUUAAGUGCAAACACUUCUUUAUUACCACAUUUGUUAUCCCAAAAGAACGUGAUUGCCAUGAGAUUUAUCUCACUUUAUUGAAAUUAUCUUGUCCAGCUAGUCUAGAAGAUUUAUACUGCUUCAAUUAUCAAGGGAGCGAAGAUACACUACCCCGACAUGCAGGAUGGAAUUUUUUCAAUGUACAGAGUGAAUUUCAGCGGCAAGGUGUCCCAAACGAAGAAUGGUCACUUUCAUAUUUAAAUUCUAAUUAUGAGCUUUGUGAUACUUAUCCGAGGUACUUAUACGUACCUAGUAAAUGUACUAACAAUGUUUUAUUGGGUAGUGCAAAGUUUAGAAGCAGAGGAAGGCUACCAGUCUUAACAUACUUGCAUUCUAACAAGGCUGCUAUUUGUCGUUGCAGUCAACCGCUCUCAGGAUUUAGCGCGAGGUGUCCUGAGGAUGAAGAAAUGAUGUAUAAUAUAUUAUGUACAAAUCCUAAUUCAAGAUAUAUGUAUGUUGUGGAUACCAGACCACGGAUUAAUGCUUUUGCUAAUCGAGCGGCGGGAAAAGGAUACGAGAAUGAGAAUUUCUACGACAAUAUUAAAUUUCAUUUUUUCGGGAUAGAAAACAUUCACGUGAUGAGAACGAGUCUGAAUAAACUUAUGGACCUACAAAGAUCGACUUCCAUGAGCGUGUUUCUAAGUGGCCUAGAAAGCAGCGGUUGGUUAAAGCAUAUUCGCUCCAUCUUGGAGACUGCUUGGUUCAUCACACGGGCUGUUUCGAACGGCGUAAGCGUGGUUGUACAUUGCAGCGACGGAUGGGAUCGCACCGCGCAAGUGUGUUCUCUGGCCGCACUACUGCUGGAUCCAUUUUACAGAACCAUUCAAGGUUUUCAAGCUUUAAUAGAAAAAGACUGGCUAUCGUUCGGUCACAAAUUCAGCGACCGAUGUGGCUACGUUAGUAGUGACGGUAAAGAACUCGCGCCAGUAUUUACACAGUUCAUAGACGCAACGUACCAGCUGUUGCGACAGUAUCCGUAUAAAUUUCAAUUUAACGAAUAUUUCCUGUUGACCUUACACGACCAUGUACAUAGUUGUCAACACGGCACGUUUAUCGGCAAUUCGGAGAAGGAAAGGCAAAUGCUAAGAUUGUCCGAGCGUACAUAUUCGUUAUGGGGUUACUUGGCGAACAACACGAAUGAGUACAUAAACCCGAUUUACAGAUGUAAUCGUUACAACAGCGAGGACUCUGCUGAUGUUCUUCAACCUAAAUUAGCACCUCAAUCUAUCGUUCUUUGGAGAGGCUUGUAUUUUAGAUUCGAAAACGGUGUACACCCGAGAGAGUCGUGCGAAGACUUGCUCUUGACAAUCUACGAUCACACGAGCUCCUUAGAGGAUCACGUCAAACUUCUGCUGAAGCGAGUCAAUUCCUUGGGGCAGCUUCUAAAUAUAAGCAACACGCAGAAAAAAGGGAAGCACAAGUUCGACAAUAAAUUUAUGGAGACUCUGCCGAAGACCAUAAUAGAGAACACCGCGAACCACGAUGAAAAGGCGAAGACGAAAUUAAGAAGGAGUCAGUUGGAGAAUGAAGUGAAGACAGUCGCUUUGGAGUGGAAGUCGUCGCGAAAUAUGGAAGAAUGCGGAUGCUCCACCACGUUUGACGCUUUCAACAAAAAGCAUCAUUGUUGGUCCUGCGGCUGUGUGUUGUGCACAAGAUGUAUGGCGGUGCACGCUAAAUUACCGGGACACCUGUCGCAACGUGCCGUACCUACGUGCAAAUCGUGCUACCAGAGUUCAACGAUAAGCUCCGAUAGUUAGUGGCUGCGUUCAACGGAAUGAAACACUUUUGCGGUCGAUCUCAACGACACUUUCCAUUACACCAUUCGAAUAUAUUCUGCUGUUCAUGAAUUGGCCGCUUUGUCGGAUGUAGUAAGUUGGCUGGGAAAAAAAAAUGUGGCAUCCAAAGAAUAGGCAUCGUUGCCACGAAGCAGUUACGUCCCACCAAAUGAAAUGCAUAUUUUAACGCCAUAUUUACAAUCUGUGCGCGCGCACACAGUAUAUUUUAUGUGGAACGAUAAGGAGACAUGCGAAGCAAUACCCCAACUUAUCCCAACUUGGACUACUUAGCUUCUUCUUAUCUUUGUCUCUUUGGAUUUUAUUUCGUUCACGAUCAAUCGAAUACAAAUAACGUAGUACCUGAUUACAUUAAUGUGUACCGUAUGUGUGGACAUGCUUCUUAACUGAAAUAACUUGAUAACACAUUGAAAUUGACGAAUAUUACAUGAUAUAAUUAAUAAUAACGACGAAAUUAUUAUAUAUCAACUAUUAUGGUGGCCGAUCGAUGCCUACAAGUAUAAAUGCCCUCUUGCAUCUCAGAUCAGUGAUUCCUAAAUUCAUUUCCUCUGUGUAUUUUCAGUCAUCUCCAUUUUUAUGAUAUUUAGGAAAAGCGAUUAUGCGUUGAGUCGUCGAGGUGUUGGAGAAACAAAAACAGAUUUGCAAAUUUAUACAACACACCGUCGGACAAAGCUGCUUGAUUUACAGUUACAUUCGACUCCACAGUAAUAGCGCACACAGUACCUAUUGAAUGAUGCAUCUCUCUCCUAUUCGUAUGUUUCACUCGGCCGAUUUCUCUACGACCUUAUCUGCUAAUUUGUCCGACUGGCGUUAUUAAAUUUAUAAACCGAAUAAAAUGGGCCUAUUCUCUUAACGCUAAAACAUUUCACAAGAUCAUAACCAGAAAUACACAAAUAUAUAAAUAUUAUGUGCUAUUAAGGCAUCUUUUGUUCUCUAACGGGUCAGCAUUCUUGCAAUUUUCUUUUCUUUUUCGAAUACAGAUGCAUCAUACAUUACUCAAUAUACGAAAACGUAUGUAAUGAAUAAUUUUCUUCAAUAUAUCGGUGAUAAUUUAUAUAUACGAAGUCAAGUGUCAGUAUCCUUAGACAUGGAAUUAAAUACUAUUGAUCACGUCGCAGUGACUGGAUUUGCUAGUGAUUUGGUAACCCUACUAUCCACAGUGGCAAGUGUAAUGUGGAAUGUGAUAGUAUUACAUAAAUAUCAGCGCGAUAAUUUCUUUUUA